AUGAGGCUGUUGAAGGUGGCAACAUGCAAUAUGAAUCAAUGGGCAAUGGACUUCGACGGCAAUAUGAAGAAUAUAAAGGACUCAAUUUCUAGGGCUAAAGAUGCUGGUGCUGUCAUUCGCUUAGGCCUUGAGCUCGAAAUCACAGGUUAUGGAUGCGAAGAUCACUUCUUGGAGCUUGAUACUAUUACUCACGCAUGGGAAUGUUUGAAGGAAAUUUUGGUUGGGAACUGGACAAAUGGCAUAUUAUGCAGCUUUGGGAUGCCUAUUAUUAAAGGAUCGGAGCGUUACAAUUGUCAAGUGUUCUGUAUGAACCGAAAGAUAAUAAUGAUACGACCGAAAAUAUGGCUUGCCAAUGAUGGUAAUUACAGAGAGCUCCGUUGGUUCACUGCAUGGAAGCAAAAAUACCAGAUUGUUGAAUUUCAACUACCUCCUGCUAUCUCAGAAGCCAUAAAUCAAACCACAGUGCCCUUUGGCUAUGGAUUCAUCCAGUUCUUGGACACAGCUGUUGCUGCUGAAAUUUGCGAGGAGCUAUUUUCUCCAGUUCCACCUCAUGCCGAGCUUGCGUUGAAUGGUGUUGAAGUGUUUAUGAAUGCCAGUGGGAGCCACCAUCAACUGCGAAAGCUUGAUCUUCGAAUGCGUGGUUUUAAAGGUGCUACGCAUACUCGUGGUGGAGUUUACAUGUAUAGUAAUCACCAGGGUUGUGAUGGUGGACGCUUAUAUUAUGAUGGGUGUUGUUGUGUUGUUGUGAAUGGAGAUGUGGUUGCGCAAGGCUCGCAAUUUUCAUUUAAAGAUGUGGAGGUUGUCGUUGCUCAAGUGGAUCUUGAUAUUGUUGCUAGCCUUAGGGGAUCUAUGAGUAGUUUUCAAGAGCAGGCAGGCAGCAAAAAAAGAGUCGCGUCUAUUCAAGCACCUUACAAACUUUGCCGAUCAUUCCACUUGGAAGCCCCCAUUUCCAGUCCAAUUAAGAUUAGGUAUCAUGAAGCCGAGGAAGAGAUAGCUUUUGGACCUGCUUGCUGGCUAUGGGACUACUUAAGAAGAAGCGGAGCUUCUGGUUUCCUACUUCCCCUUUCUGGUGGUGCUGAUAGCUCGGCCGUUGCUGCAAUUGUUGGUUGCAUGUGUCAGCUCGUUGUCAAAGAAAUUCACAAUGGGGAUGAACAAGUAAAAGAAGACGCAAUAAGGAUAGCCCAGUAUCCUGAUGGCCAAAUCCCAAGUGAUAGCAAGGAGUUCGCAAAACGCAUUUUUCACACUGUAUACAUGGGAACUGAAAAUAAUUCUGAAGCCUCAAGAUCACGAGCCAAAGUGCUUGCAGAUGAGAUUGGUUCCUGGCAUAUUGAUGUCCGGAUCGAUGGUGUUAUUUCAGCCAUAUUUAUUUGGUUUCACGCAUUAACCGGAAAAUACCCUCGUUUUAAGGUUGAUGGUGGCUCAAAUGCAGAGAACUUGGGGCUGCAGAACAUUCAAGCUCGUAUAAGAAUGGUGCUAGCUUUCAUGUUGGCAUCGCUUAUGCCUUGGGUUCACAAAAAAUCAGGAUUUUAUCUCGUUCUUAGUAGCACUAAUGUCGAUGAAGCAUUGCGUGGUAAUUUAACAAAGCAUGAUUGUAGCUCAGCAGACAUUAAUCCCAUUGGAAGUAUUAGUAAGAUUGAUCUUCGAGCAUUUUUGCGGUGGGCUGCCGUCCAUCUUGGCUACUCUUCCUUGGCCGAGGUUGAACUAGCACCGCCUACUGCUGAACUGGAGCCAAUACGCUCUAAUUAUACCCAGCGAGAUGACGUUGAUAUUGGGAUGACAUAUGAGGAGCUCUCAGUUUAUGGAAGACUGCGUAAGAUUUCUCGUUGUGGUCCAGUAUCCAUGUUUAAGAACCUUUGUCAUAUGUGGGGUUCAAAUUUGACACCGUUACAAAUCGGAGAAAAGGUGAAGUACUUCUUCAAGUACUACUCCAUUAACCGACACAAAAUGACGGUGCUUACACCAUCCUACCAUGCAGAGAGCUAUUCACCAGAGGACAACAGAUUCGAUAUGCGUCAGUUUUUGUACAACUCAAAAUGGCCUUUUCAGUUCCGCAAAAUUACUGAGCUUGUAAAGGAGAUGAAUGAUGAUCACGAAGUUAAAGAACUCUAGUGCAGCAUGCUGAGUUUGCUAACAUACCAAAUGUCAAAGGAGGAUUCUUUUAUGUUUCGAUUUCAAGUUAUUUUUUAUUUUGACAAGGAUUCCAAGUUUUUUUUUUUUUUUUUUUUGACAAUGGGUAAACGCAAGAAAAAACUGGAGGAAGAACCUUAGCUUUUCCUAGCUAAUGUAGCUAGUUUAUGUGCUAAAAAACUUCCUCCCUUUUUACUUUUUUACAACACACAAAAGCAAAACUAUUAGCUAUCAUUCUUAUAUCCUUGAUUAUAUGAUCUAAGUCCUUGUUGGUCUUUUCUGAGCUAAUAAGAGCUCUGAUAAUUUCUUGAUUGUCCGUUUUGAUUAUCAGCUCCGAGCAUCUCCAUUCCAUGUCUUGUAAUGCCCUUAAAACUGCAUAUGCUUCCGUUUGCUCUGCCGAGACUGCGAAAAUUUUUCCCGCAAAUUCUUCUAUUGGGUCAUUAUUGGUAUUUUUCCAUGCUAUGGCUGCUUUCCAUUGUCCCGUUUUGGCGCUCAGCUUCCAUGCUCCAUCAACGACCAAAGUUUGGACCGAGGUCGAAACACUUCUCCCCCAAGUCCAAUUGAGCUCUUUGCUUAAACCCUUCUGGAUGUUUUGAUUGUCUAAAUCUCUACCAGACAUCCGACUCCUAGCUCUUAUGGCAUUUUCC